GAAGAGGCCAGAGCUGGAGCCUCAAGGCCGCAGACUGCGAGUCUCCCAUCCCUGCGGGAGGCGGCGUGGCGGGCGGCCCAGGCAGCAAGAAAGACCCCAGUGAAUAAAGGUUCCUGAGAUCACGGAAAAGAUAUAUAAUGUGCUGUAAAGAAUAAUUCAAGGCCCGGGAUGGUGGUGGCACACUCCUUUAUUCCCAGCACUUGGGAGGCAGUUCAAGGACAGCCUGGUCAACAAGGAUCAUACAGUUGUAGCUGUUUUCAACAAAGAUCAGUGAUGAAAAUUGUUGUUUUCAACAAGAUACCUCCAAGUUAAACAUGAAAGGAAAAUAUUGGAAUCAUUUCUGUUCUGACAAAAUAGAGAAUACAGCAUUUUCCAGCUAACGUGUGAUGGCACCUUUCUGAGAUUUGUCACUGGUCAUGCACCCCACUGGGAACAUGGAUGUUGGCUUUACUCGGUCCGCUGUUCAGACCCUGUCCCGAAGCCACUGCAAAAACAUCAAACAAAAGAUAUCGCAGUGGGAAGGAAGAGCUAAUGGUGUGACUAAGCCAGCUAGGUUUCACCCAAAGGACUUUGGAGUGAGUUAUAAUAACUGCCACCAAGAGGCUCCUCCACAGAAAUGUCCCUCUGGUGAUGAAAAGAGCAACUAUCAGAAUGGGGAUUUACCAUGGAGUACAGAUGCCAAAAGCCAUGAUCAAAGUGACCAUGAAGGUGAGCAGCGAGAGUGUAAAGACGCUCACCCAGCAGAAACUGGACCAGACUCCAACUGGGUGUGUGCUAGGGUCAAACAGAUUGAAAGCUUGAGAGAUGUCACUGUGGAUCCAGAGGCUUCAUUACCUCCAGGAAACGUCUAUACCUCACAGAUACUGUGGAAAAGGAUAGAAGCACUUCCCCCAGAUAAAGUCUUAAAUUUGGCUUUAGCACCUUGUGACUCUACAGAAAAAGUACCAAAUUUCAGAGUUCUGGAUAGUUCUUAUGGAAUAACCAAGAGCUUGGAAAAUAUUUAUUGUGAACCCGAGGGGCAAGAAUGUGGAUCCUCUAUAAAUCCUUUGCCCAAACCCCGUAGGACAUUCAGGUAUUUAUCUGAAUCUGGCAGUGUGCCGUGUAAAGAAAGAAACUGUGACCAAAAGUACUGUGAAAAGAAUUCCUGUGUGGAAUCAUCUUUGGCCUCUUCUCAGGAUCCUGAGCCAAAGAAAUACGGUGGGAAGAUCAGGGGAAGAUCCAAAAGGAAAUCCUUUGAAUUUGAAGAUAUUCAGCACUUUCGGAACUCACGGAAGAUUCAUGAAGAACUCGGAAGAAAUGCUGGUUCGGCACUUUAUUACACACAGUCUGAGGAUAAUAUCUAUGAGGAUAUUAUAUAUCCAGCCAAGGAGAAUCCCUAUGAAGAUAUUCCAGUGCAGCCAUUUCCCAUUUGGAGAUCUCCUUCAGCAUGGAGGCUGCCCCCUGCUAAGAUGGCCUUCAGAGCACCCAAGCUUCCUCCCAAACCCCAGUUCCUUCAGCGGAAGACUAUGGAACUGAAGAACUCUCAAGCAUAUUUGCGAUCAAAGCUCACGAAGGACACCACUUUGCCUGUAACGUUAACUGAAUGGAAGCUUUUCCGAGCUGGAGAAGUGGCUAACAGGAAAAAGAGAAAUCUCCCAAGGCUCGUUUUGAAAAUAAAUGAUACGUUUGAAUCUAAGAGAGGGAAGAAGAGGGUAAAGUUACAGCCUUACACUGGAAAAGAAGCACCCUCCUCCAAAGGUGAAACCAGUGGGAACGAGAGUGAUGGCGAGUACCUGCCAAAGAAUCGCCACAAGCGCUUAGCACAGCUGCUGCAGCCCUCCAAGAGGAACCCCCACUACCAGACCUUGGAGCGGGAUCUUAUCGAACUGCAGGAACAGCAGCUCUUUGAACUCUUCGUGGUGGUUUCUCUGCAGAAGAAGCCAUCGGGGACAAACUACGUUCCCCAGGUCAUACAGCAGUUCCCUAGCAAGGGUGACAAUGGCUAUAAGCAAUCCAAAGAUACUGAAGAGAGGCUCAAAGUCAUCCCCAGAUUUUGUUUUCCUGAUUCAAAGGACUGGGUGCCAACUUCGGAAUUCAAGAGUGAAACAUUCUCCUUCGUGUUGACUGGUGAAGAUGGAAGUCGGUGGUUUGGUUACUGUAAGAAGCUUUUGCCAGAAGGCAAAGGAAAGCGGUUCCCUGAGGUAUACUGCAUGGUCAGCCGCUUAGGCUGCUUCAAUCUCUUCUCAAAGAUUCUGGACGAAGUAGAGAAGAGAAGAGAAAUGUCUCCAGCCCUUGUUUACCCGUUCAUGAGAAGUGUCAUGGAAGCCCCUUUCCCAGCUCCCGGGCGUACCAUCACAGUUAAAAGCUACCUUCCUGGGGCUGGAGAUGGGGCUGUUGAACUCUGCCGACCACUGGAUUCACGACUGGAACAUGUGGAUUUUGAAUGUCUUUUCAAGUGCUUGAGUGUGUGUCAUCUUAUCCGGGUCUGUGCCUCACUCCUAUUAGAGCGGAGGGUAAUCUUUGUUGCCAAUAGCCUAAGCACCCUGUCAAAAUGUGGCCAUGCUGUGGUAGCUACACUGUAUCCGUUCACCUGGCAGCACACCUACAUCCCAGUGUUGCCAGCGUCCAUGAUUGACAUAGUGUGCUCGCCUACUCCAUUCCUUAUUGGAAUCUUGUCUUGUUCUUUACCCCAACUCCAGGACCUUCCCAUUGAAGAGGUGCUGAUUGUUGAUCUCUGUGCGGACAAGUUCCUACAGGAGGUAUCCGAUGAGGGUGAAAUCCUGCCACCUAAACUUCAAGCUGCCUUGGUACAGAUUUUAGAAGAUCGAACUGAAGUCUUGGCCCAGGAACAGCAAUUUUCACAAGAUGUGACACUCAAUUCCCUGGUGUCUGAAGCAUUUGUAAGGUUCUUUGUGGAACUCGUGGGACAUUAUUCUCUGAAUAUGACUGUCACAGAGCGUGGGGAGCGUGUGUUCCAGAGGGAGCCAUUCCGAAAGUCCCACACUUCCCGAAGUGUCCGCCACUUUCUAGAUCUCUUCAUGGAGACACAGAUGUUUGCAGGAUUUGUCCAGGACCGGGAGCUUAGGCAAAGCGGAGUUAAAGGUUUAUUUGAAGUCCGGGCUCUCCAAUAUUUGGAAACAAUUCCUGAGUCGGAGCCCAGUGGGGUGAAUAGAAUUUUGCGGAGUCUUGGAAGCAAAAUGAGGUUUCUCCACAAGAAGUGAAUCUGUCUUCUACACAUAAGUGAAAGUGCCAAAGACAGCAUUUCUCCAAGGGUUUGGAUGCCUUGAAGAGUCCUACAGAGUCCUUGAAUUGUAAAAGGAGAAAAGGCUGUCAAAGGAGUGCUCUCCUAUCGCUGCAGACCAACCUGGAGCAGUCUAGAACCAAUGCACUCUCUUCCUCUUCUACUUUGGGGACUUUAUGUUUAGUUGGUUUGGUUCAUUGGUUUGGUUUUGGUUUUUGUUUUGCCUUUUUUUUUUUUUUUUUUUUGAGACAGGGUCUCUCUCUCUAUGUAAACCAGACUGACUGGCCUGGAACUUAUUCUGCAGACCCAGCUGGCCUCAAACUCAACAGAGAUCAACCCGCCUCUGCCUCCCAAGUGCUGGGAUUAAAGGCAAGCAUCACCACACCAGGCCAAGUUAUUUUUACUGUGGUGUUUUCUCUUUAGUUAUUGGUGGUUACAAGGAGAUCUAUUUUGUGCUUAGUCUAUGAAAGCAGUUGUCUAUACAAGAAGACCCAGAAAUACUUGGUGUUGCAUUUUUUAAAAAACAAUACCAAGAUGAGAAUAACGAGAGAAAUGCUGAGUUCCAGGUACUAGAGAGGCUCAGUAGAGAUGAAGAACACUAUGAUUACACCUUACACAUGAUUUUCAGCAGGAAAGCAUCGAGUUGCUUUAAACCCAUGUUCUGUUUGUGCUAUCAAAUUCUAGUGUUUUCAUCAUUGAGAGCCCCCUUUUGUCCCAUGGCCUACCUUGGUGAAUUUCACUCAUGUUACUACCUUAAGAAAGCAGACACCACCGGGUGGUGGUGGCGCACGCCUUUAAUCCCAGCACUCGGGAGGCAGAGGCAGGAGGAUCUCGGUGAGUUCGAGACCAGCCUUGUCUACAAGAGCUAGUUCCAGGACAGCCUCCAAAGCCACAGAGAAACUGUCUUGGAAAAACCAAAAGAAAAGCAAACAAAAAAAAAGCAGACACCAUGCCAGUCCUCACCAGAACAUGUGUCCUGCUGGAAUAGCUUGCCUCUCGCCUAUCAGCAUUAUUAUGCUUUGUGGAUAUUACAGCCAAUAUGAAAAUGUCCUUUUAAGGACAUAAGCUCCCUGUUUGUUGGCUUUUGGUGUCCACCAUUUGCUGCACUGUGGUACAUUUACAUAUGCUAUUUUAUUCAAGCUCUUGGUCAGCUUUGUGAUAUUUUGCAAGAAACUAGAGUUCAAAGGGGUUAAAUAAUUUGGCCAGUUACACACUUAAGAUAGAACUAAACUAAAACACUUGCCUUACGAACACAGAGAAAUCUGGUUAGUCCUACAGAUAGAAAGUUGGGCUCCUUAGUGUUAUAGCAAUAUUUAAAGUUCUCCAAGAAGUAUACCAGAGCCACCUGUAGGCUUUGAUGAAACUUCAAGCUCUGGGUGUCUAAAUGAGACACUGUUUCUUUUGUUUGUUUUGUCUUUGGUGCUGGGAGCAGAACCCAGGGCUUUAUAUGUGCUCUGCCAUACUGAUUACUUUUACAUUGUUGUGUUUUUAUUCUAACUAGACUCAGAGUAUUUCCUAAACCUAUACCUCUUCAUCAACCAGAUGCUGAAAUGCUUGAGUAGUGCCUGAGAAUAGAAGUUUGUCAGUGUAGGUGCAAUUUUCAUUGAUAAAUGAUAAAUGUUGUGGCAAAUGUCAGUUGUUUUCUUCAAGCUUUGCUAAUGGUGUUACCUAGCAUGGAAAAGACUCAUUCAGACUUAGAAAGUGUUGUACAUUGUAUUGGGAUAUAACUGACUGACUUGUACACCACUGCCAUUAUCACCCAUUCAAAAGUGUCUGAAUGAACCCAUGUAAGACUGGUGCUGUGCAAUAUAGUUCCCAGAUGUGGGUCCAGGGAAAAGAACUGAGCCUGUGUCUUAAAUGUUGGUGUCGCUUACCCCUGUGGCACUCUUCUCAGACAUCUCCCCAUUGGGUGUCUUCUUAUACUCCAACCCUGAAGGAACAGUUGGUAAUUAGUUGUUUAUAAGAUGGGAAUGAGUGUUUACUGUGGCUGGUUGUGGCUGCCCCUCUGCAGGGAGAUUGUGUUUUGAGGGUGAGAGUCUUACCUUCUUAGAAUUUAAAGCUGCUUCCUUUCCUUAAGUUUGUUGUAUUUUGUUUUUGUAAAAUAUUGUGAAUUCUGGAUAUGUUUGUAAAAAAGGAUUGUUCGAGAUUUCUAGCAAAUGUUUACAGAUAUUUUAAUGAAUAAAGGCAUUUUAAAAUCCCA